AUGUGUGGAAUAUUUGCAAUAUUUCAUCCAAAAGAAUGUUCUAAAUUUUCAGCUGAAAAAGCACAGAAACUUUCAUCCAGACAAAAACAUAGAGGUCCAGAUUUUCAUGGUUUUUAUCAGCAUCCUCAAAACGGUAAUAUAUUGGCACAUGAACGUUUAGCUAUUGUUGAUUUGGGGUGUGUACAGCCAUUGCAGGGAAGCGAGUCUGAUCAUCAAGUUAUACAUAAUGGUGAAAUUUACAAUCAUGAAUCUCUUCGACAAAACGAGCUUAUUAAUUUUGCAUUUCGUACUCAUUGCGAUUCUGAGUCAAUUAUUGCUCUUUAUGAAAAACUUCGUCUAAAUGAAGGAUUUGAACGAGAAUUGUGUUUAACUUUGGAUGGAGUUUUUGCAUUUGCUUUAAUUUAUGGAGAUGAAUUUAUGGUUGCAAGAGAUCCAAUUGGUGUUAAACAACUUUAUUGGGGAACUGAUUCUGAGGGGAGAAAACUUUUUAGUAGUGAACUUAAAGUGAUUGAGGAUAGUUGUAUUGAAGUAUUUGCAUUUCCUCCCGGGCAUUAUUUUACUCAUAAAGAAGGAAUUGUUCGAUAUUAUAAUCCAAAUUGGUUUAAUUGGGAAUUGGCUACAAAUCAUAUGGAUUUAUUAUUACUUCGAAAUGGUCUCAUUCAAGCAACAGAAAAACGUUUAAUGAGUGAUGCACCUAUAGGCGUUCUUCUUUCCGGUGGAUUAGAUUCUUCUUUAGUUAGUGCAAUUGCUGUAAGAAAAAUGCAUGGAUUAGACAAUGUUGGACAUAAACUUCGUUCAUUCUCUAUUGGUCUAGAUGCUAAUGCUCCCGAUUUAGUUGCUGCUCGAAAAUUGGCUGCAAUUCUUGGAACAGAACACCAUGAGUGUUAUUUUAGUGUUGAGGAAGGAAUAGCUGCUUUAGACAAAUUAAUUUGGCAUUUAGAAACUUAUGAUGUUACCUCUGUUCGUGCAUCUACACCAAUGUAUUUUCUCUCAAAGAAAAUAACAGAAUUAGGAAUUAAAGUUGUUCUAUCUGGAGAAGGAGCUGAUGAAAUUUUUGGAGGAUAUUUAUAUUUUCACAAUGCUCCAAAUAAUGAAGAAUUUCAGAAAGAAACAAUUCGACGAGUUAAUUUACUUUCUACGGCUGAUUGUCUUAGAGCUGAUAAAUCUUGUAUGGCACAUUCACUGGAAGUCCGUGUUCCUUUUUUGGACAAAAAUUUCCUUCAAUUGGCUAUGAAUAUAAAUCCAGAAUAUAAACGACCAAAGAAAGAGACUGGAAGAGGUGAAAGGCCUAUUGAAAAAUGGAUUUUAAGAAAAGCUUUUGAAAGAGAGGAAGACCCAUUUUUGCCUGAUGAGAUCCUUUGGCGACAAAAAGAACAAUUUUCUGAUGGUGUUGGCUAUGGGUGGAUUGAUCAAUUGAAAGAUUUUUGUGAAAGUCAAAUUAGCGAUGAAGAGAUGGAUAAUGCCCCUUCUUUAUUUCCACAUAAUACACCAACUACUAAAGAAGCUUUUUAUAUUCGCAAAAUAUUCCAUAAAUAUUUUCCAAGUGAAGCGGCUGCACAGACUGUUCUAAAAUGGAUACCUAAAUGGCAAGAAAAUGAAGAUCCUUCUGGUAGGGCUAAUUUAAUUCAUGAAAGUGCUACAACAACAACAGAUAAAGAAGAUUUUGAAUCAUUUUAUAGUUGGGGAUCAUUUUUAGAUUCUUGCAAUUUACUUUAA